AUGAAUAUUGAAAGUCAGUUUUCAUAUACUUUGGCAAUUUUUAGACACAAAGGCCUACAAUUGACCAAUGGGAUAUAUGAUCUAGAAACCUUAGCAGGAGCUACCAAUGUCCAAUCAAGAAAAUAUUAUGGAAAUGACUCUCCUGAACUCACUGACAAAGGAUAUAGUUUGCAAGAACAGAGAUAA